AUGUCCAAAAUGCCGGCCAAGAAGAAGAGCUGUUUCCAGAUCACCAGCGUGACUCAGGCCCAGGUGGCCGCGAUCGGGGCGGCGGAUGACACAGAGAGCCUGGAGGACCCGGACGAGUCCCGCGCCGAGGACGCGUCUUCGGAAAUGUACGACGCGUCGCGUACCGAGUUCGAGCCGACGGCCGACAGGGGUAUGCUCGAAGAGGUCGCCGACAACGCGGGAGAGCCGGAGCCGACGGUAGCGCCGGCUCACUUACCUCACUUCUCCGUGCUGUCCGUCAAUUCUCUGGGGGACUUUCAGAAAGCGCCGGCGUCCGGGAUCGGCGCUUCGGCCGCAUCGCAGCAGGCCGCGCCGACUUCAUCUUCCGGGCCGCUCGCUGUCUCAGUCAACACCUCCCAACCCGCGCCCGGUCCGGGUCCUCCCCCUCCCGCCGCCUCCGCGGCCGCUUGCACGUCACGUUUCCGGGUCAUCAAACUCGACCACGGUACCGGAGAACCCUUCCGAAGAGGCCGGUGGAUGUGCACCGAGUAUUACGAGAAAGAAUCCGAGGGUUCCGUCGCCAAUCGUGCCGCUGUCGGUGCGGUGCCGGAGCCCGCCGCGGACAGAGACGGCGGCGCGGCGCAAACGGGCGGCUCCGCGGUCGCUCCGGAAAUUCAUUCGACUCAAGCCUCUGGAGCGUCGCCGGAUCUCGCCCGGCUGAAUCCGGCGGAUACGUCGGCGCAGCAGAACUCGAUUGCCCGGCAACAAGACGGCGGUCGGUCAGGCAAGCCCGCGACCACCGCGGUUCAGCCCGCGGCAACGGGCGUCCACGUCCAGCCAGUCGCGCCACAGAGCGUUGGUAACGGAUUACCUCAUGUGCAGAAGUCCCCUAUCUUGCCUCCGUCGGCGCAAGCUUACCAACUUUCCGUGGGACACCACCUAACCGGCCAGAACCAGCCCGAGCAUUAUCAACAGCAGCUCGGUCAGUCGCUGUCGGGGUCGGGUUCGUCCGCGGGGCCCCCAACUGGACAGGUGACCUCCCCCGCGCCCGCUCAUUUUGGGGAUGGCGGCGCCGGAAAAUCGGCGCCUCCUCAAACAGUCGGAACGGGAAACGUCGCCGCCUCUGUACCGGCGAGCGGAUUUACUCCCGGUCAGUACGCCGGCGCCGUCCAGUUCCAACCCCAAGGCCUUCACCCGGGGCCACCGGCUGUACAAAAUGUGCCUGUUACCGCAGCGAGCGCCGGCACCCCUCCCGCUGCCCUCGGCGGUUCCGGCGUAGCCACGCCAAAGGGGACGUCUGGCGGUCAGGCGACCCAGGGCCAAACGGCAGGGGCGUCGGCGGCUCACGGCCUACUCGCCGCUGGAUUUGGACAGACGGAGGGAGGCGGCGGUAGGAAAUCCGACGGGGUCGCGAACGCGCCGUUGCUCGGGAGGGACCUGGGGAAGCCCUUCAUGCCCGAAAGCCUGCAGCUCGCCGCGCCGACCGUCAACAGCCUGUUCGGGAUCCACAUACCUGUCGACGGAGACGAGGACAGGAACCCCUCCAAGGCUUUCUACCAAGCCUUCCAGUCUGGCAGCAGAUUAAGGGACUCAAAGGCCCACAGUGAUAGUGCCUCUGGAACCAAUAUCGUUGCCAUUGACAAUAAGAUAGAACAGGCCAUGGAUCUGGUGAAAAGCCAUCUGAUGUACGCCGUGCGCGAGGAAGUGGAGGUCUUGAAGGAGCAGAUCAAAGAGCUCUUUGAGAGGAACUCUGUGCUGGAGCGGGAGAAUGCCGUCUUGAAGUCUCUGGCCAACAGCGAGCAGCUCUCGCAACUUCCCGCCGCCCCUCCUCAGCCCCCGCAAGCCCAGCAGCCGCAACAGCCCCAGGCCCCGCAGACUCACCCUCAGCCCGACGCCAGCCAACAGCAACCCAAUGUCACCUCAUCUUAA